AUGUGUUUCACAUUUCUGACUGGUUGUUUUGGUGCAAUCAAUACCUCCACAAGAAACACUGACUUAGGUGGCGACUGUCGUAGCGGGAGGCACACGGAGCGCUGCUCUCGGCUUGCAGGCGGAGCGAGCACAAAUCAAAGAGCCCGCCGAUCCUGGCAAGUGGGGGCUUCGCUUCCCCCCAAAGCACGGGACACAGGCUCCCGACCCUCCACUGAGAGCCCGGCCCGCGGGUGCGGAAUGAGCGAUGACCAAAGCGCUGUCAGGAGUGGCAGCCGGUCGGAUCGGAUGGAGAUCAGUGAGGCAAUACCGGUUGAAAGAAAGGUGGAUCGCGAAAUUAUUGCCCGAAGGAAUAGCAGGCGAGGCGGAAUGAUGAUAAAGUUAAACUUCUGUUUCAUCUUCUGUCGGGGAUGGUGGGCGUUUCUGUUGCUUCAGCUCCACAUGUUGCAAGCACUGGCACAAGGGGAUGUUGCACCCUUCUUCAAGACAGAGCCAGGCUUGCCCCAGAUCCACCUGGAGGGAAACCGACUGGUCCUUACGUGCCUUGCUGAAGGCAGCUGGCCCUUGGAAUUCAAGUGGUUGCACAAUGACAGUGAAAUAACCUCCUACUCCAGUGAAUACAAGUACAUCAUCCCAGCUCUGCAGAGGGCUGAUGCUGGCUUCUACCAGUGCAUCGUGAGGAACAGGAUGGGGGCACUGCUGCAGAGGAGAUCUCAAGUCCAAGUGGCAUACAUGGGAGAUUUCAUGGACACAGACCAGAAAAAAACAGUGACUGAAGGACAAGCUGCUGUUCUGAGCUUCCCACACAUCCUCAGCCAUCCGAGGCCCCAAGUGACCUGGUUUAGAGAUGGGCACAAGAUUAUACCAAGCAGCAGAAUAGCCAUCACUCUGGAGAACCAGCUGGUGAUCCUGGGGGUGUCACUGACAGAUGCAGGAGGUUACUACGUCCAGGCAGUCAAUGAAAAGAACGGGGAGAACAAGACCAGUCCCUUCAUUCAUCUCAGUGUAGUGCGUGCCAGCAGCCCCUGGGACAGCACGGCUCCUGCCGUGGUCAUCCAGCCACACAACACCAGCGUGGUGGCAGGGAGCAGCGAGGCCACCCUGGAGUGCGUGGCCAAUGCCAGACCUCUUGAGAGGCUGAGUGUGACCUGGAAGAGAAAUGGAAUCAAGAUCACCAGUGGCAUCAGCAACUUUGGGAGACGCCUCACUGUCACCAACCCGACCUCUGCUGACGUGGGGAUGUACUUCUGUGAAGCCAGGCUCAGAGAGAGCACAGAGGAGCCAGCAAGAGCAAAAGCUUUCCUUUCUAUAUUGGAACCUCCCUAUUUCACGGCUGAACCCCAGAACAUGAUUUUGGCUGAGGUGGAGAAGGACGUGGACAUCCUGUGCCAGGCCAUGGGUGUUCCCAUCCCCACGCUGGUGUGGUACAAGGACUCAGUUCCCCUCAGCAGGCUGGAGAACCCUCGGUACAAGGUGCUGCUGAGCGGGGGGCUGCGCAUCCACGCGCUGCGGCCGCGGGACGCCGGCAUCUUCCAGUGCUUUGCCAGCAACCAGGCUGGGGAGAUCCACACCUACACCUACCUGGAUGUCACCAACAUCAAGCCAGCCUUUAUCCAGCCCCCAGAGGACACCACCGUGACUGAGGGGAUGACUGCAGUGCUGACCUGUGAAGUUUCAGGGGCUCCACGCCCUGCCAUCUCCUGGAAGAAAGGAGAGCAGAUCUUAGCCAGUGGCUCGGUGCAGAUUCCUCGCUUCGUUCUCCUCGAGUCUGGAGGGCUCCAGAUAAAUCCUGUGUUCCUGCAGGAUGCUGGCAAUUACACUUGCUGUGCAGCCAACUCUGAAGGAGCUCUGAAUGCUUUUGUGAUGCUGACAGUGUGGAAUCGCACUUCCAUUGUCCGCCCUCCCCAGGACAGCACGGUGAUCAAAGGAACCACGGCCACCCUGCGCUGCGAGGCCACUCACGACCCCAGAAUCUCCAUCAGGUACCUUUGGAAGAAGGACAGUGCUGUAAUAAAUCCAUCCAGCAGUUCCAGGAUCACCGUAGAGGAGGACGGGACCCUCCUCAUCAGCCAGACGUGGUCGGGUGACAUUGGGGAUUACACCUGUGAGGUCAUUUCUUCUGGAGGAAACGACUCCAGGACAGCUCGGCUGGAAGUGAUUGAGCUGCCUCACUCCCCCCAGAACCUGGUGGCCACCCUGAACUCCUCCUACAGCCGCAGCGUGGUGCUCUCCUGGGUGCGCCCCUUCGACGGCAACAGCCCCGUGCUCUACUACGUGGUGGAGCUCUCUGAGAACAAUUCUCCCUGGAAGGUUCACCUGUCAAACCUUGACCCGAAGAUGACCGGUGUCACUGUGAGUGGCCUCACUCCAGCCAGGACCUACCAGUUCAGGGUGUGUGCAGUGAACCAGGUGGGAAAGGGCCGGUACAGCACUGAGACCAGCAGGUUGAUGCUACCUGAGGAGCCCCCCAGCGCCCCCCCUAAAAACAUCGUGGCCAGUGGGAGAACCAAUCAAUCCAUCAUGGUGCAGUGGCAGCCUCCUCCUGAGAGUGAGCACAAUGGGGUUCUUCAUGGCUACAUCCUAAGGUAUCGCCUGGCCGGCCUCCCAGGAGAGUACCAGUACAAGAACAUCACCAGUGCAGAAAUCAACUACUGCUUGGUGAAAGACCUGAUCAUUUGGACCCAGUAUGAAAUCCAGGUGGCAUCUUACAAUGGAGCUGGGCUGGGAGCCUUCAGCAGGCCCGUGACAGAGUACACACUGCAGGGAGUGCCCACAGCUCCACCUCAGAACGUGCAGGUUGAAGCUGUGAAUUCCACAACCAUCCAGUUCCUCUGGAACCCCCCACCCCAGCAGUUCAUCAAUGGCAUUAACCAAGGGUACAAGCUCCUGGCGUGGCCAGUGGAUGCUCCAGAGAGUGUGACCAUGGUCACCAUCGCUCCGGAUUUCCACGGCGUUCACAGUGGCUGCAUCACUAACCUGAAGAAAUUCACCACCUACUACACCUCAGUGCUGUGUUUCACCACCCCAGGGGACGGCCCUCGGAGCCCUCCCCAGAUCCUGUGCACCCUGGAAGACAAGCCAGGAGCUGUGGGACACCUGAGUUUCACUGAGAUUCUGGACACCUCACUCAAGGUCAGCUGGCAAGAACCUGUAGAGAAAAACGGCAUCAUCACAGGGUACCAGAUCUCCUGGGAGGUGUAUGGCAGGAAUGAAUCCCGCCUGGCCCGCACGCUGUCCAACAGCACCCUGGAGUACAAAAUCACAGGGCUGGCCUCCCUCACCACCUACACCAUCGAGGUGGCGGCCGUGACCGCCCAGGGCAGCGGCUCCGUCACCUCCUCCACCAUCUCCUCUGGAGUGCCCCCAGAACUUCCAGGUGCUCCAACCAACCUGGUGAUUUCCAACAUUAGCCCUCGCUCUGCCACGCUUCAAUUCCGCCCAGGAUAUGAUGGCAAAACCUCCAUCUCCAAGUGGAUAGUGGAAGGGCAGGUUGGUGUGCUGGGUGACGAAGAAGAAUGGGUGACUCUUCAUGAGGUGGAGAAUGAACCUGAUGCUCAGAUGCUGGAGGUACCAAACCUCACUCCGUACACUCAUUACAGGUUCCGGAUGCGGCAGGUGAACGUGGUGGGCUCCAGCCCUCUGAGCCAGCCCUCCAGGGUCAUCCAGACCCUGCAGGCUCCUCCGGACGUGGCCCCCGGCAGCGUCACCGUGCGCACGGCCAGCGAGACCAGCCUGUGGCUACGAUGGGUGCCCCUCCCUGACACGCAGUACAACGGGAACCCCGAGUCGGUGGGGUACAGGAUCAGGGUGUGGCGUGGGGACCUGCCAUCCCCAGCCCUGCUGAAGGUCAUCGCCGACCGCCUGGCACGGGAGAGCACGGUGGAGGAGCUGCAGGAGUGGACGGAGUACGAGCUGCAGAUCCAGGCCUUCAACGCCAUCGGGGCAGGACCCUGGAGCGAGCCCGUCAGGGGUCGGACGCGGGAGUCGGUUCCCUCGGCUCCUCCUGAGAAUGUCUCUGCUGAAGCUGUGAGCUCAACCCAGAUCCUGCUGACCUGGGCAGCAGUUCCUGAGUCUGAGCAGAAUGGUCUCAUCCUGGGCUACAAGGUCCUUUACAAAGCAAAGGAUUUGGACUCUGAACCCAAGAGCCAGACAGUGAGGGGGAACCACACACAGUCAGUGCUGCUCUCAGGCCUGAGGAAAUUCGUCCUCUACGAGCUCCAGGUGCUGGCAUUCACCCGCAUUGGGGAUGGGGUCCCCAGCUCCCCAGCAGUGACAGAGAGAACCAAGGAUGAUGCCCCCGGGCCCCCCGUGAGGCUGGUGUUCCCCGAGGUGAGGCUGACGUCCGUCCGCAUCGUCUGGCAGCCACCAGAGGAGCCCAACGGGAUCAUUCUGGGGUACCAGGUCGCCUACCGCCUGGCCAGCAGCAGCCCCAACAAGUUCACCACGGUGGAGGUUGGCUCCACAGUCCGGCAGUUCACGGCUACAGACCUGAGCCCAGAGUCAGCCUACAUCUUCAGGACAUCUGCCAAGACCAGGCAGGGCUGGGGAGAGCCUCUGGAAGCCACGGUGAUCACCACUGAGAAACGAGAACGACCAGCACCUCCCAGGCAGGUGAUGACCCCUCAGGGUGACGUGUCCUCGCGGAGCCUGGUGCUGACGUGGGUCCCUGGCAGUGAUGGAUCCUCACCAAUCCGGUAUUUCACAGUCCAAGUGCGGGAGCUGCCACAUGGGGACUGGCAAACCUACUCCUCCUCCAUCAGCCACGAGGCCACCUCCUGCAUUAUCGAAAGCUUGAACCCAUUCACCUCUUACAAACUGCGAGUGAAGGCCACCAAUGACAUCGGGGACAGCGACUUCAGCGCGGAGACAGAGGCGGUCACGACCCUGCAGGAUGUUCCAGAUGAACCACCCAGUUCUGUGUUAGUAACUCCCCACACGACUUCCUCUGUCCUUGUGCAGUGGCAGCCCCCCAAAGUGGAGAGUCUGAACGGGCUCCUGCUGGGAUACCGCAUCUACUACCGCGAGCUGGAUUACGACGCCGGGGCUGGGACAGAAUCCAAGAACAUCCAGAACCCCUCAGCUCUAAGAGCAGAGCUCACACCCCAAGGCAGCUUCAAGACAGUGAACAGCAGCUCUGCAUUAACGACGUAUGAAUUAACACAAUUGAAGAAAUACAAGAGAUAUGAAGUACUAAUGACAGCAUAUAAUGUCAUUGGUGAGAGCCCUACCAGCACACCAGUGGAAGUGUUUGUGGGUGAAGCAGCACCGGCGCUGGCCCCACAGAACAUCCAAGUCAAUUCCCUGUCCGCGAGCCAGCUGGAGCUCACCUGGGACCCCCCUCCUGCCGACAGUCAGAACGGGAACAUCCAAGGCUACAAGAUUUAUUACUGGGAGAACGACACUCUGAACGACACGGAGAAGGUGAAGGUCCUUUUCCUCCCAGAGACGAGCGUGCGGCUCAAGAACCUGACGAGCCACACGCGGUACCUGGUCUGCAUCUCCGCCUUCAACGCGGCCGGGGAUGGCCCCCGCAGCAGCCCCGCCCAGGGCAGGACACACCAGGCAGCACCCAGUGCUCCCAGCUUCCUGGCCUUCUCUGAAAUCACCUGCACUACCCUCAACGUGUCUUGGGGUGAACCAACAGCAGCAAAUGGAGUCCUGCAGGGUUAUCGAGUCGUCUACGAGCCUCUGGCUCCUGUCCAGGGGGUGAGCAAGGUGGUGACUGUGGACAUUAAGGGGAACUGGCAGCGCUGGCUGAAGGUCCGGGAUCUCACCAAGGGCAUGACCUAUUUAUUCCGAGUGCAAGCCCGAACCAUUGCCUAUGGACCUGAACUGCAAGCCAACAUCACAGCUGGGCCAGCACAAGGGUCUCCUGGCUCCCCUCAGGAAAUCCUGGUGACAAAAUCUUCUUCUGGGCUGACACUGCAAUGGACUGAGGGAGAUUCAGGAGAAAAACCCACAACUGGCUACAUUAUAGAGGCACGACCCUCAGAUGAAGGACUCUGGGACAUGUUUGUGAAGGACAUCCCUCGCAGUGCCACCUCCUACACCGUGGGCCUGGACAAACUCAGACAAGGUGUCACCUAUGAAUUUCGGGUGGUGGCUGUCAACGAAUUUGGCUAUGGGGAGCCAAGUGUUCCUUCUGUGGCAGUAUCAGCACAAACAGAAGCCCCUUUCUAUGAGGAGUGGUGGUUUCUGCUGGUGAUGGCUCUCUCAAGCCUCAUCCUCAUCCUGCUGGUGGUGUUUGCAUUGGUUCUGCAUGGCCAGAGCAAGAAGUACAAGAACUGCAACGGAGGUAAAACCAUCUCCAAUGUGGAAGAGUCAGUCACCCUGGAUAAUGGAGGCUUCACUGCUCUGGAGCUCAACAGCAGACACCUGAACAUCAAAAGCACCUUCUCAAAGAAAAAUGGAACCAGGUCUCCUCCUCGGCCAAGCCCAGGAGGGCUGCACUACUCUGAUGAGGAUAUCUGUAACAAGUACAACGGGGCUGUGCUGACCGAGGGCUUGGGCCUCAGUGAGAAGCCCCUGGAAGUGUCAGAGUCAGAGGUCACCGACUCGGAUUACGAGGACGAGUUGCCCAAGCACUCCUUUGUGAACCAUUACAUGAGCGACCCCACCUACUACAACUCGUGGAAGAGGCAGCAGAAAGGGGUGAAGCAGCACCCGGCGUCCUACAGAUACGAGGAGUGCACGGCCAGCGAGCCAGAGCCCUAUUUCCAGACUGUCAUCACGACACAGAGCUCAGGAGGGGUGUACACCCCGACGGGACAGCCCGCACCCGGCUCCCGGACUCCAGUGACAGGAUUCUCCUCCUUUGUCUGAGCGGGGCUGGGGACACCGGGACAGUCGCAGUGACCGUGUGUGCUGAACUGUGGGGGACAUCUCUUAUCAGGGUAGAAACGGAUGGGAACACACCUGAGGCUGAGUUGUUGGGGUUUUCGGUUGGUUUUAUUUUUUUUUUUUUCCUUUCUGAAGACAAUCAACUCUAUAAAAAACACGGAGCUCAACUAGCUGAACCUUUGUUUAAGAAAACAAAAAGAAAAAAAAGGAAUUCUGAACAGUGAUGAUUUUAACCACUUGUGAAUAGUAGGGGUUUUUUAACUGCUUUUUGUAACACUGCUUCAGGAAGCAGCUCCCAUGCCCUGCUCCUUCCCUCUUUCUUUCUCUCCCCUCCUCCUGUCCUGCCGCUCCCAGACAAGCAGGUGAAUUCCCUAGAUGCAAUGAGUGACUUUGUGAUGUGAUUUGAAGAGAAAACAUAAAACCUCCCAGGCUCCUUUUUCUUCCUUUUUCUCUACUCUUUUUUUUGUUUCUUUUUAUCUUUUUAAUUUUUCUCUGUCAUCAAGGUUAAGUAGUAAAACAUAGAAAAUGGACACAUUUUUAGGUGAAAAGCAGACAUGUCCUCUCUUCUCACUGCUCCACACAUUAGGAGCACUGGCUGAUCAAUGCAGGCUCAGAUGUGUCACUGUGUCUGCUCUAACCUCACUACUGGCGUAUUUAUAUUGAAUUACUGACUUGCUUUUCUUUCUUCUUCAAAUGGGACCUGCUGCAUUCUUUAAAUAUUCCAACUCCAAGGCCUUUGGAAGAGUAGGUGGCUCAAAAGAGCACUGUAGGCAGUGGUGGGCAAAGCAGGUAGGAAGAAUUCAGAUGUAAGGUCAGAUUAUUUUUGGUAUGGCUUUAAACCUCCUUGUGGACUACGUGUACCAUUUGCAUCAGCCAUUUUUUAAAAGGACACAACCCAGCAAGCCAGAGGAAUUUUUCAAUUAAAAUUGCAGUGACAACCUAUAGAGUUUACUAAUUGAUGAGGGUUUUGAUCACCAGAGUUGCCAACAGAAGCUGAGCAUCCUUAGUCACCCAGACUCUGCAGUUCUGUUUACUGGUCUGUAAAAUGUACACAGUGGCAGGGUUUGUUUGAUUUUAUUUUUCAGUACAAAGACACACCACACAGACUGGGUGAGUUUUGGUGUCCACAGGUGCCUUUUAUUGCUUCUGCAGCUUCAUAUCUGGGAGAAGCAAGAGUGUCUCCAAAUAAAGCUAACCAGGUUUUCAGGCACUGGGGUCAUGAAUUACCUUGUGCACGUUUACAGCCUGCUCUGUGCACUUGAAACUACUGCCUUUGGAAAGAAAAGAGGAGAUUUUUUUUUUAGUUUAUUUUCCAUCCUUUUGUACAGCUCACUUUUUGUUUUAUUCUUUUCUAUCCUUUUCCUGAGUCUGUCAUGUUUAGUAGCAAGUUGUUUCCUCACAAGGAAGUUGUCAGGCAUUGAAAGAAUCCAAGUCCAGCCCUUGGAUGUAGCAACAGUCCUGGGUCACUAGACUUCUUAUGAUAAAGAUUUUGAAGGGUGAAUUUGGAAGUAGGAGAGUCCUUGCCACACCAGGAUCUGGCAUUUCCUUCCAGGUGGGUAAGCCAGGAAAAUUGGUGCUUGCUAAUGUCCUGUCAAGGCUCAUUUACCAUAGAAAAUUGUCCCUGUCCUCUCAAGGGAUGUGCACAUCUAUGGCAGGGGAG